CCCCUUGAGUUUGACCCAGAAAUAUUCAACGAGCUCCUCCACCGCCUCGGCGUCAACAACAGCCUCAAAUUCAUCGACGUCUUCUCCCGGGACAUAGACCCUGACAUUCCCCGGCUAGCAUUAGCGCUCAUUUUUGUAUGCCCAUACGGCCUGCCGCCACGACCAGGCGAAGAAGUAUUGGAACGCAUAGCAAAAGGUCCCUUUGAUUCAAGGGUGUUUUGGGUGCCGCAGUCAAUUCGCCAUGCCUGUGGGCUGUACGCGCUAUUGCAUUCUGUCUGUAACGGUGACGCGAGGAAGCACAUCCUGCCAGACACACCUCUCUCGCACCUACUCGAAAAGACAUCCACCUUGACUUCAAGUCCUGAGCUGGCUCGCGUCUUGGAGGAUGACAGUGACAUUGAAGAGGCGCAUUGCUCGAUUGGAAGACGAGGGACCACGCCGAUACCAGAUGUUUCUGUGAAUGCCGGAGGUCAGUACCUCGCUUUCGUCCCUGUGCACGAGGCAUGA